AUGACUCACCCUAACCUAACCCAUCAUGCUAUAACGACUGACACCUCUUCUUUACCCUCACCUACCACACAAGACUCGACCUCCGCAGUUGACAACAACAGUACAGGAUCUUUACCAGUAUCAUACUCCAAAUCGAGUGAGCUUAUCGGAGACACGAGAUUCCUCAGAUACCGACCCGUUCCAUCUAAGAUGCAAAGACGCCAUGGAUGUACACAAGGGCUCUUACCUUCAUCCUCGACCUACUUUCCUUCCUCAGGUGGAGGAGAGCGAGGUAUAACUGAAAUUCCUGAAUCUGAAAUUGAAAUGACUCUCACCGCUCCCAAAGUCGAUGCAUGGAUGAGAGCCGUCGAACAUUCCACUUUCCCCAGUGAAGAGGAAUUGAAAGUGAUUGAAGGUACCACAGAAGCAAAGGUCUUCCGAAAGAAAAGUGUCCUGGUGGGGAUGAUCGGGGAUAUUCUAGAGGAGGACGGAGUAUCGAUUCAGGAUGCUGUUAAGACUUACAGAGAGUCUUCGGCAAAGAACAAGGAUGAUUGGGAUUGGAACUUGUUUACUGACUAG